GGCAGCACGAUUUAUAAAUAGUCAUUUCCCUGGGCUGCCUGAUGGUGAAGGGGUUGUUUAGUAAAUCUUUCUCCUUUUAAGGAUCCAUUUUCGGAGACCAUUGGAAAACACCAGUUUCAUUGUUAUCUUUUGGGGUUUCAUCAAGCCAGCCGAGUUUGACAAUCUUCCUGUCUGCCUGGCUUAGAGACAGGCCUUAGGUAUUUUGAAUCGCCUCUCCAUGGAGCACAGAGGUGAUGAUGAUGAUGAUGAUGUGUCUUUUGCCAAGUGGAUGAGCAGCUUCUGGGGCCACAGCUGGAUGGAGGAGGAUGAGAGAGGACUCCGGGACCGCCGAGGAUCACACCACACCAGUUACAGGAAAGCUUCCCUGCCCUGCCCAUUUCCUGUGCUUCCCAGAGUCACAUCACAUGACAGCUAUCCUAGAAGGCAUUCUCAUGAGGACCAGGGAUUUCGAUGCCGUACCCACAUGAAGGAUUACAGAAAACACUCAGAGGAUGGGCCAUUCAGGGAUCCGCUGGAAUCAAACAGAAGAUCCCAUUCCAAAACUCGGGCAUUUUCAGAGUCCUUUGAGCAACAACUGUGCUUUAGAACCAAACGCUCUGUGUCUUUGGGACCUGAGAGCAGAAAGGACAGAAAUGAAAGAGAAUGCCUGCGGAUGGAGACGAGAUCCCUUAAGAAGGUGGAGGAAAGGAGGAGCUCUAGGAAGGAAGAGCAUGCAGAAGCACACGUGGUCCCUCUCUUGGAGCAAGGACCCAAAUAGUACUUCGUUUCCACGUUAGGACGACAGAGGCUGCUGUGUUUUUUGGCUUCUGUACACUACACUGCAGGUAGCUG